UGAAUGGGCCGGACACACCUUCCGUCGUGGUGUGAAAACCCUGUCCUGAUCUGCAGUCUGCUCCCGGACUCUGCCAGAGGUGCCGCCGAGGGCCAGGGACGCACCCCGCCGCUCCCGGUCCCGUCCCGGUCCCGUCCCCGCGCACUUGCUCGCGGCUCCCCGGGCAGCGGGCGCGCAUCAUGCUGCCCAGCGCAGUGGCGGCCCAGGCUGGAGCCUACUGGGAUGUGGUGGCGUCCUCAGCUCUUCUCGGCCUCCCCGCGCCGGGCUUCGGCAGCCUGGGCAAGAGUUUCCUGAUCGAGAACUUGCUGCGCGCAGGGGCCGGACCCACUCACGCACCCCCGCCCCCGCGUCCCUCGCCGGGUCCCGAGUGUCCGCAGCUGCGGUCGCUGCCUGCUAGCCCAGUGCCGCUCAAGCUGUGCCCGGCUGGGCCCUACGGUGCACGCUGGGCCUUUCAGAUGCCCAGUCGUGCUCCAGCGGACCGAGACAGUGCCUUCCAGCCCUCAACCCCAGUGCCUUCCAAACCCUUCCUUCUGAGCGCCCCGCCAUUCUACUCCGCCUGCUGCGGUGGGUCCUGCAGGCGCCCUGCCUCCCCCACAGCUUUUUCAAGAGAAGAACACGGGCUGCCUCUGCUGACCCAGGACUCAAAUUCCAAAGCACGGAGGGGGAUUUUAAGAAGAGCUGUGUUCUCAGAGGACCAGAGAAAGGCUCUGGAGAGAAUGUUUCAGAAGCAGAAGUACAUCAGCAAAACAGACCGAAGGAAACUUGCUGUCAGCUUGGGACUGAAGGAGUCACAGGUGAAGAUUUGGUUUCAGAACAGAAGGAUGAAAUGGCGUAAUUCCAAAGAAAAGGAAGUGCUCUCCAACAGGUGCCUCCAAGACACGAGCCUUCAAGAAGACCCGCUUGCACGGCCCGCUGUGGGAUUCCCUCCCCCGUGCCCGGCAAUAUGGGAAGUCUCCCAGCCGCACUCAAGUCCCAGCUGGAGGGAGAAUUCUCCAGAACCUGCAGAAAGACUGACCCAGGAGAAUUCAGGGGUAGCCGAAGUAAAUUCACUCCGAGGUGCCUUGUAUUUGUGUCCUGAGAAGGACGCUGGAGACAAGGAUAGACUCACUAGCGCCAUCUGAAGGGAGUAUGUUCCAUGCUCAUCUAAAAGAACCCUUAGCCUGUAACAUUUGGAUUAAAGCCAGUUAGUGUGUGUCUCAACACUGCCUUAAACUAACAGCUUGGUGUGACACCUGAGCUGAUGCCUUAGGAGAGCCAGGCUGCUGUUUCUUAUUUAGCCCUAGAUUGAGGCUCAGUGUAUAAAUGGAAUAGAACCUUCCAGAAGGUACAGUAGGACCGAAAGAAUAAAACCCACAGCCUGCUCUGAGUAUGUGUACAUAUGUGUGUGUCUGUGUAUAUGUAUGUAAACGUGCAUUUACCCUAGCAGCAAGCAGUUCUCUCCAAGUUUUACAUGGAGCAAAUUCAUUUUCCUUUUAUAUAGAAAACAUCUGAGCAAAUAUUAAUUUUUUCAAAUAAUGUAAAAUUUGGGCUUCGAUGUCACACAAUUAAUUAUGUUUGUAAAAAUUCUCAUCUUCUCGCCUUUUUGGCAUCCCAACAUACGUGAACUUGAGCAGGUCAGCCGUCCUCAUUGAAUGAGCCAUGGUUAGAGAUACACAUUGAAGAUGGAGAAGACGAACUCAACAGGAAUCUGCAACUUUUGAAUGUAGUUAUCAGUAUUUCUAGGUUUCAGGUCUGAGAUAGAGGAGGCUAUCAGGGAGGAAGGAGCACAUUUAGGUGUGAAUUGGCUUUUUUUGGGGGGGUCUCUUCUCUGUAAGGGUUAUCCUAGACCAGGGUUUUCUAAAAACAUGCCUGAGUGGAAGUCAUUGUCAGAUAAUGGGUCAGCAUUCAGUAUCUUUGUGAUCGUCUGUGCUACCUAGUUUGUAAUCAAUGGCCAAAACGCCAGGCUACUGUGUCACCAUUCUUAAGCUGCCCCUAACAGGACUGAAAAUCACAGGACUGAAAAUCAUAGCACUGACCAGCUCCGUGCUUAGUGCUGAUCCCACACUGCAUACGACCUGAAUUUCCCACCUACUUCAUACUACAUAUGUCAUGUGGUUUUUCUAUAUUAACAGACACCACCCAGAUGUUUUAUGAUUACACCGAAAUAGUCUUUGUAUAAAGUCAUAUUUCUGGUAACGAUUUUCUUAGUUAUCCAAGAAUAUUAAUUCUAAGUUCAUUCAAAACAUUGUUUUACUUUGCAGGAAAUGAAGAAAAGAAAAAGGACACAACAUGGUUUUGACUGAGGUUUUGAACAAGCGGUACAGCUAGAAGUCCUUUAUGGGACAUCCUGUUAGUGAGGAAAUGAGGAAACGACAGGGCUUCUGGCCUGCUCACCUUCUCGGCUCUGGGUUCCAAGGCUGUGGUAUGCAGAAGGGAGAAUAUUCACGAAGAUAGAAGUUGUGAUUAGCAUCAGGAAAUUAUGGCUUACUGAACAGAGCCUGGAUUGGUACAUUAACUGGUUCCUUUGCCAUCUUUGUGCUUCCUGAAGGUGGUCUUAGAAGGUUGUCUUUGAGCUCCCUUGUGGGAAGUGGGAGUCAGGGAUCUGACGACUACAUUUUACAACGUUUGCAAAGUGAGAACGCAGAGUCCUUUCUUUAGUCCUGACCUUAUUGCAUUUGUAGGCUGCUCUGUAUUGUCAGACACUGUGCUGAGCACUUAGGGUCUAUUGGCUCAUGUAGUCCUCACGGCCACAGCCCUGUGACGUAGACAGUCUUACUGAUCAGGGUUCCUGUUACUCCACCGAGGCAGCUGAGGUACAGCUUGUGGACGUGAUCACCAGAGUCACGGGGCUAGUAAAGUAAGGUGUCUAUGCCCUGGCAAUCUGGUUCAGCCCUGUGGAGCCUGCAGUGCCAUGAGUACAGGAUGCAGGUGAGAAGCAUCUGGGAAACUGGUAAGGUUUACCGAAGGGCAGCCGGAGUACACUGUAUCUUGUAGCCUCGGGUUUAGGGAGCCGUAUUCUCAUCAAUAUUCUCCUUUCUGUUCAAUUUUGAAGUUUAGCCGAAGAAUUGUCAAUCUGUGGACUCUAGUCCCAGAGAAGUACCUCAGCGUGUGAUGGGCAUGUCCUUGUUUUCUCCGUUCACUGAUGAAAAUUAUGAAGGGUUUAUUUGUAUGUGGCCGUUACGUCUUGAGGAUAACUUGGAACUUGAAUGAGAGAGAUUUGUCAAGGCCCUUUGAUUAUCCAGGUUGCAGAAAUCGGUGAGUUGCUGCUUGAAUAACUUUGCCUCAGUACCUCUGAGACUCAGUAGAGCUUCUCCAUUUAGGACUGGUCUGGUGCUCAGAUAUGUAGGUCAGUAUUUUAAUUGUCUUCCACCCUGCAAUGUGUCCAGGCUUAGGAAAGCCACACCCUAGAAAGAGAGUUUUCUGGAGCAUAGUGAUAGUACACACACGUGUGCCCUCACAUAAGCAUAUCCAUGUACAUGCUGGGUACCCUUCCAUACAAGCAUAGACGUAGUACACACAUGUGUGCCCUCAUAUACAAGUAUAGUUAUGGUAUUCACAUGUGUGCCCUCAGACACAAGCAUAGUCAUGGUAAACACUUGUGUGCCCUUACACGCCAGCAUAGGCAUAGUAGACAUGUGUGCCCUCACACACAAUAUGGUCUUGGUACACACAUGUAUGCCCUCACGAGUAUCACCAUGGUACACACAUGUGGGCUGUCACACAGAACAUCUCCACAGUACACACAUGUGUGCUCUCACAAGCAUGGCCAUGCUGCACGUACAUGUGCUCUCUCACACACAGCAUAGCCAUGGUACACACAACCUUUCUGCCUUUUCUUUGCCUUAUCUUGUCUGGAUUGGAGUGAAUGACUGGGCCCUUGCUAGAGAGGUCUCCCUUCCUUAUCCUCUGUCGGCCCCACCCCCACCCUGGCUUUGUGGGAGCAUUU